AAAAAAAUCGCCACAAUGAAUUAAACCGAUUCCCCAGUACGAUUCUUAUCAUUUUUAAGGAUUGUAACCACCUGAUGUUUGUUCACAUUUAUCUUUAAUCAUGUGGCGCAAUGGAUUCUACUUUUUGUACUUCUUUUUAACAAACUUUGAUCAGUAUCUGUUCUGUUGUCCAGAAGGAUGGGUGAAGGGGAGCUACUCUUGUUAUUAUCCAAGCAGAGAAAACGCCACCUGGACCACUGCAAAUGCAAAAUGUCGUCUAAUGUCAAGCAAUCUAGCAAUUGUAAACAACAAAGCUGAAAAUAACUUUUUGAUUGGGAUAGUUAAAGAAUAUGCUCAAGCCUAUAUUCACAACUUCUGGCUGGACGCUAAUGAUAUAGAACGGGAGGGACACUUCAUAUGGCAAUCUACACGACAACUUUUAGUAUACAAAAACUGGAACGUCAAUGAACCCAGUGGGGGGACCGAGGACUGUUUGGAGAUGUUGUUCAAAGAAUACGUUGACGAACAACAUGUUGGGCAGUGGAAUGAUAAAAUAUGUAGUCAUGAAAACCAUUUUAUUUGUGAAAAAAGUAUCGAAAAUGGUGGAUCGUCUCAACCACUGGAUAUCAUAGGAUAAUUUCAAUAAAGAUGUGGAGGUAGUCACAGGUGUUGAACAUUUCCAAUUAAAUAUUUAUUGUGACCGGCAUAAAACACAAUGAUGAAGAUACGUGUUAAUUACCUGUAAAUUCAUAUUGAAUAUGGACGGUUUUCUUUAUUUGAACAGAAGUAAUGUAAUUUGUUGGUCUAUUAAACAUGUUAUAUAUGA